GAAGUCAGCUUCCGCUGAAGAAAUUCCCGCGAAGUUUGCAGAUAGUGCUGAUAGAGAGAUCAAACAUGGACAACGAUUUUUCUCGCCCAAGAGUGAAUUCAUCUAUCUUGUCGUCUUUUAAAGGAAGACAGGUGUGCGCCUUAGGAAUGGCAAAAAAUGUUGACAGCAACGGCCUUGCCCUGACACUGGCUACUGGAGAUGGAAAAGAAAUGAAAGUCACCAUGCAGGAACCACUGACUGAGUAUGUGGCAGGUUUGACAGAAAUCCAUGGCAGAGUUGACGACCGAGGUGCUGGUAUCGUGUGUGACCACUAUGUCCUGUUUCCUGAACAAGCAUCAAAUACUUUUGAUAUGCAGAUGUACAACCAGGCAGUGGAGCUGAUGACCCGUCUCCCUGACCACUAUCAGGUUGGGGUCAAGCAGUGAUGGACGCAGGAGCAGAGGCUGUGUUGUGUAGAUAUGGACAAAUGUGUUUGUAUGGAGUGUCAAGCGCUCGCUGACCCAAUCCUGACAUGUUCCUAGGAGAGAGGACACGCAUACGGGCAUCUCAGGUCGUCGAGUUAAGGGUAUGCUGCUGAUGUGUAUCGUUACUGGACGGUGUUUGAGUUGAUUAUCGUAUGCCGGUAAACACCAGUAUCAGACUCAGCCCCAGAUACGAUGUUAUAAUUUCUUUUCAGUUUAGAUCCAGUCUGAUACAUUUUUAUUAUCUGACCAAGGAAUGUGUGUGCAAACCAUCUGUGGCUGGCAGUUGUUUCUUUCCAAUAUUUUCAAAACCAGAGUAAUCGGAUGAAUUGUCAAAGCGAUGUAGAUAACGUGAACAAUGAUUAAAAUGUAUAUGCAAUAUCA